ACCUGCGCGCACAUAGACUUCAAAACUGUGUAUUGUUCCGUCUUUGAAAACUCGUCCUAAUAUUUCUUUAACAGUGCUCAUGGGGACACUCAGAGAUCUUCAGUUCGCCUUACAGUUAAAGAUAGAGGAGUUACGGCAAAGAGAUGCUCUUAUAGAUGAGCUGGAGCUUGAACUGGACGCUAAAGAUGAUCUCAUCCGCCGCCUGCAGGGGGAGCUCGACCGGCUGCGGCUCUCUGUCAAUCCUGCUGCAGGUCAACAGCGUGGAUCAUCUGUGAGAGUGAGGAGAAGAGCCUUGGUAACAGAGCCCAUUAACAUGGAGUCAGAACUAGUAUUACAAAAUCCUCCAAUCAGCUACAGCAAAAACCAGGAGUCACAGAGGCUGAUAGAAGCAGCUCUUGUAGAGAACGAGUGUAUGAAAUAUCUAGACAGGGAUCAGAUGCUGUGUUUGGUGGAUUCUGCCUAUCCCAUCACACUCAAACAGGGGAUGUGUGUCAUGAAGGAAGGCGAUGAGGGAUCCCAGGCAUACAUUGUGGAAGUGGGGAAACUGGAGGUGUCCAGGGCCGGCCAGAAGCUGCACAUCAUUAAGCCGAGGGUGAUGUUUGAAGAACUGGCCCUCAUUCAUAGCCACACCUGCUCCACUACUGUCACAGCACUUAUGGAUAGCCGGUUGUGGGUGAUGGAGGGUCCAAUAUUUCAGAAGAUCAUGAUGAGGAGCAGUCUGAUCAAAAUCACCCAGUCCGUGCAAUUCCUGCGCAGUGUUCCAGUCUUCAAUGUGUUAACAGAAGAUGUUCUCAUGAAAGUGUCUGAUGCACUGGUGGAGUCUCGCUAUAGGGAUGGGGAUUAUAUUAUUCGAAAUGGCAGCGUGGAAGAUAAUCUCUUCAUUGUGAGUCAAGGCCAGGUUAAAGUUUUAGAGAAACAGUCUGCCAAUGAAGACAGCAUCUUAGUGUCGGUACUCACCAGAGGAGAUUGUUUUGGGGAGAGAGGUCCACUAGGGGAUGAUGUAAGGUCGAUGUGUGUGGUUGCUGCAGGCGAUGUGACAUGUCUGGUCAUAGACAGAGAGAUUUUCAAACGGAUAAAUGGAGGCUUCGGCGACGUCAGAACAAAACAGAGCUGCAACACCAGAUCAAUGUCAGAGGAAAAUGGGUCUGCAUUUGGUGAAAUGACUCUCGGCAGUUUUCAGGUGUUGUAUAAUCUGGAAGACGGACGCUAUGGUCACACUCAGGUGGUCCGCCUGAAGAGUGAUCCCAGAUGCAAAUACACACUGAAAGCCAUAAGAAAGCAGACAAUACGAAACCCGGGUCAAAGAGAAUGUGUUUCUCUGCAAGAAUCCUUUCUUAAAGAUCUCCAAAGUCAAUUCAUAGUGAGGUUGCACUGUACCUUUAAAGAUGCUAGAUAUCUUUAUAUGUUGAUGGAGGCCUGUGAAGGUGGAGAUCUGUGGAAUUUAUUGAAAGAGAGGGGGUCACUGGAGGAAAGUGCUGCUCGCUUUUACACAGCGUGUGUGCUGGAAGCUCUUAGUGUUCUGCACAGUAAAGACAUCAUUCACAGAGACCUGAAACCAGAAAAUGUUCUGCUGGACCACCGAGGAUAUGCUAAACUGACAGGGUUUGGUUGUGCUAAGAAGCUGGGUUCUUUGCACAGGUCCUGGUCAUUCUGUGGGACUGUGGGUUAUCAGGCACCAGAGGUUAUUUUGCAUAAGGGUCAUGGCCUGUCUGCAGAUCUCUGGGCUGUAGGGAUGCUGGUGUGUGAACUGCUCAAUGGCAGUCCUCUGUUCUCUGGUUCGGAGCAGCUCAGGGUUUACACAGCAACUCUCAAGGGAAUAGACGAGGCAGAGCUUCCCAAAACCAUCAGCAGGGCUGCAGCCAAUCUCAUCAAGAGCCUCUGCAGACACAAGCCCACAGAGAGACUGGGCAAGAGGAAUGGGGUCAAGGACAUCUGCAGACACAUGUGGUUUGAAGGGUUUGACUGGGACGGACUGCAGAAGGUCACAAUGCCACCACCACUAAUACCAAAUGUUUCAAAUCAUGGAGGAUCAGCUCCUUCAGCAGAAAGGCGAACCAAUGCAGCACCAAUAGAUGAUUCAGAUUGGGACAUAGACUUUUGAUUUAUGCCACAGUGAUAUAUGGACAAUGUAAACUCUAUGAUAUAUUGGACUCUAUUUAUUAUACAUCACCAAGAAAACACUUUACAGCUCCUUGACUUCAUAAUUCAUUCUAAAGUUACAUACAUUAGAUAUGUGUGCUACAAAACAUAUGGUAUAAUGUUUUGUGUACAGCAGUCAAAAAAAUAAUUUGGAGCCAGUCCUAAAGUACUCAAGGCUUAUAGGCAUUUGGUAACACUUACAGUAAGUUUAGUUUUCUUAACAUUAGUUAAAGCAUCAGCCAACAUGAACUAUGAACAUUAUUUCUACAUUUAUUAAUCUUACGUCAUGUUAAUUUCAGGUUUCCAGGACAGUGUUUAAAUUAAUUCAAGACUAGGUUUUUACAAAUAUACCUUACCUUGCAUCUUUAGAUAUGUCAGUGCAUAAUGUUUUUAAAUGAAGGCAGCUCAAAUGUGCAUUUUAGUCUGGACUAGGAAAAGCCCUGUUUGGGAAAUGUUUAAAUAUCAACAAAAGUUCUAAUUGUUAAUGCACAAUAAGCUAACAUGAACAAUUGUAUUGGUAAUAUGUAACAUUUAACAAAGAUUAGUAAAUGCUGAAAAACCAUUUUACUUAAUGUUAGUUUAUAUCAGUUAAUGCAUUAACUAAUGUGUAUGUAACAGUAAAGUGUUACUGUGGAUUUUUUUUUAAGGAAUACGAAAUGAAAUGUUCCUGUAAGGAGAUUACGAAAUGUCCCUGGCAUGUAGGAAACAGGUUAAAAUUGCAUUAACUUUCAUUACUUUUUACUUCCCCUGUGAUGUCCUUUAUCUGUCCAACAGCAAGACAUUAUUCCAAUUCAAAUGCAAUGAUUACAUAAUAUCCAAUGGGACCAAUGAAAUAAAACUUUACUGAAGGAACAAUUGA